UUCCGUCCCAUGUGUGACGUUUUGGGUUUGCACCGGAAGUGCCUGGGGGCUGUCGAUGUGGUACCCGCUGACUGCGGUUUCGGUCGCUCUAUCUUUUUUUCCCGGCUGGGUAUUUGUGUUGCACCAUGGCGCCCAAGGGCAAAGUGGGCACGAGAGGAAAGAAGCAGAUAUUUGAAGAGAACAGAGAGACCCUGAAGUUCUAUUUGCGGAUCAUAUUAGGGGCCAAUGCCAUUUACUGUCUUGUGACCUUGGUCUUCUUCUACUCAUCUGCCUCAUUUUGGGCCUGGAUGGCCCUGGGCUUUAGUCUGGCAGUAUAUGGGGCCAGCUACCAUUCUAUGAGCUCGAUGGCACGGGCGGCCUUCUCUGAGGAUGGGGCCCUGAUGGAUGGUGGAAUGGAUCUCAACAUGGAGCAGGGCAUGGCAGAGCACCUUAAGGAUGUCAUCCUACUGACAGCCAUCGUGCAGGUGCUCAGCUGCUUCUCCCUCUAUGUCUGGUCCUUCUGGCUUCUGGCUCCAGGCCGGGCCCUUUACCUCCUGUGGGUGAAUGUGCUGGGCCCGUGGUUCACGGCAGACAGUGGCACCCCAGCACCAGAGCACAAUGAGAAACGGCAGCGCCGACAGGAGCGGCGGCAGAUGAAGCGGUUAUAGCCACUAACAUUGUGGCCACUGGUGGCUGGGCCCUGGGUGGCUCUGUCAGGCUGCAUGGCCUCCAUGCCAGGAGCAAUGAGGGCCUAGUCCAGGGGCCAAAAGCAGUCUGGGGUAUAGAAUUGUUGAAUAAAUGGCUUAGAAUGUGGCUAA